AUGUCUGAAAAUCAAUUCUCUGGUCACUUGCCCGAUAAGCUAUGCGAAAGUGGAGUGCUUCGAAACUUCACUGUAGAUGACAACAUGCUUACAGGUCCAAUUCCUAGAGGCUUGAAGAACUGCACAAGUUUACUUAGAGCUGUCUUCAAUGGGAACCAGCUCACUGGAAACCUCUCAAAGAUGUUUGGGGUCUAUCCACACUUGGACUUCAUGGAUCUUAGCAACAACAAUUUCAAUGGAGAACUCUCUUGUAAUUGGGGUAGAUGUCGAAACUUGCGUACUCUGAAGAUUGCAGAAAACACCAUCUCAGGUCGUAUACCUCCCGAAUUAGGAAAUUUAGCUCAACUAGGUGUACUUAAUCUUUCCUCCAACCACUUAACUGGGAAGAUUCCAAUGGAAUUUGGGAAGCUAAGAUCUAUGCUAAAUUUAUUUUUGCAAGAUAAUCAACUAUCAGGCAGCAUACCUCAAGAAAUGGGAUCACUAACUCAACUACUCAGUCUAGACCUUUCUUCAAACUCAUUGAAUGGCUCAAUACCAGAAACUCUAGUGAACUGCAAGCAAUUGUUCUAUUUGAACUUGAGCAGCAACCUUUUGAACCAAAAUAUACCUACUCAGUUAGGAAACUUAAUUACACUUUCUUCCCUGGAUCUUAGUCACAACUUUCUUGAAGGAGAGAUACCAUCUUUGUUUAGAAAUCUGCAAAGUCUAGGACUGUUGGAUCUCUCCCAUAAUAAUCUCUCUGGUUUCAUUCCACAGGAUUUGGAUGAACUGCCUGGUUCCACGCACAUUGACAUAUCUUUCAAUAAUUUAGAGGGUCCUGUUCCGCCUGGCAGAGCAUUUGCAAAUUUCACGAUAGAACAAGUACAGGGGAAUAAAGUUUUGUGCGGAAAUAUUACAGGAUUACAACCUUGUGAAAGUCCUCCUGUCGAAGGAAAGCAUAAUACGCACAAGGGUCAGAAACUUGUCCUCAUAAUUUUGCUCCCUCUUUUAGGAUCACUUUUACUUCUCUGUGCGUUUGCUGGAGCCUUCCUUCUAUGUUAUAGAAGAAAGAGAACAGAGAGAGCUGAAGAUACAGAUGUGGAUGAAGACGGCUUCUACUCCGUAGCCAUUUUUGAUGGCAGAGAGAUGUUUAAGCAGAUUUUAAAAGCGACAGAGGACUUCAAUGCAACAUUUUGUAUCGAAGAGGGAGGUUACGGGAGUGUUUACAAGGCAAACCUUCCAUCAGCCGAUGUAGCAGCUGUAAAGAAACUUCAUCAAUCAUCUGAGAUGACAAAUAGAAAUGGUUUCUUGAAUGAGAUAAGGGCCUUGACGAAUAUCAGACAUCGAAACAUUGUAAAACUUUAUGGUUUCUGCUCAGAUUCCAAACACUCAAUGCUGGUUUAUGAAUACCUCGAAAGAGGCAGCUUGGCAGACAUUUUGAGCAAAGAAGAAGCAGCUAAGAAAUUGGAUUGGCAGAAAAGGGUGAACAUCGUUAAGGGCGUAGCCUACGCUCUGUCUUAUAUGCAUCAUGAUUGUUCACCACCAAUAGUUCAUCGAGACAUAUCGAGCAAGAAUAUUCUUCUUGAUUCAGAAGAUGAGGCUCAUGUUUCUGAUUUUGGCACUGCAAAGCUACUGAAGAAAGAUUCAUCCAAUUGGAGCGCGCUAGCAGGCACAUAUGGAUAUAUUGCACCAGAGUUUGCCUACACAAUGGAAGUGACUGAAAAAUGUGAUGUGUACAGCUUUGGGAUACUGGCCCUGAAAGUAAUCAAAGGAGAGCAUCCAGGUGACUACACAUCCCCAGUUAUGUGUGCUUCACCUGGAAACUUACAACUGGAAGACUUCUUAGACCAACGGCUUUCGCGUCCAACUAAAAAGGUUGAAGAGGUUCUGGAAUCCAUUAUCAAACUUGCAAGGGGAUGUGUGGCUGCUAAUCCAAAAUCCAGGCCAACAAUGCACAUUGUUUCUGAGUCGUUAGCAAGGGGUGCUCAAUCUCUGCAACAUCUUGUGGAAAAUAGUGCAGCCCGGAUAGCAGAUCUGACAAAGAUUGUUGAAGAAGAAUUAGAGGGACUAGAGCAUUAA